AUGGAAGAUAUUAAUAAAUCAUUGACCAUAGACCAAUAUAUGACAGAAAAUAAAUUGAAAUUAUCUGAAAAUAUGUUAUUUUCAGAGUUGUGUACUCCAUUACUUAAUAAACAUGAAAUAUUAAUAACACGUUAUUUAUUGGAAUGCAUGGGAUUUGGUAAUAACGAAUAUGAAAAAAACCUAAACGAUUUUAUAUCAUUUUUAAACAACUAUGAUAUUUCAUAUGAACAAAUAGAUUCUGGAAAUGAUAAAAUAAAUAACUAUGAAUGUAUAAUAAGGAAUGAAUCAGGUACCAGCACAUCGUGUAGUAAAAAAUGGCUUAUAUUAUCAAUAAAUUCGUUUAAACGAGCAAUGAUGCUGUUGAAUAAUGAAGAAAUAUUAAACUAUUUUCUUGAACUUCAAAAUACAUGUCUCUCCUAUGAAAAAGAAAAAGAUUUGUCUGAAUUAAAUGAAAAGUUUUCUAAGAAAAUGCAAUUAAUAGAAGAAGAAAAUAAUGAGUUAAAAGAACAAACUAUGAUUAUGAAAAAUUCUAUAAAUAAUGAAAAUGAAAAAAAGAAAGAUGGUUACAUAUAUAUAGCCACUACUAAAACAUAUGCUAAAUGUAAUACUUUUAAAAUAGGUAAAACUAAUGACCCUGCUUUAAGAUUAGUAAAUUUUAAUGUGGCGCGUAAUUCACAAGAUCUAUUUUAUGUUUGUUAUUGUGAACCAGUUUAUGAAUCUCUUAAAGUGGAAAAAUUAAUUCAUAGUUUAUUUGAUGCUUUUAGAGAUGGAAACAAAGAAAUAUUUGUUAUUCAUUAUGAUUACUUACUAAAAAUCAUAACUUCAGUAAUAACAAGCAUAAACAAUAAUUUUGAAAAUUUUAAUAUAUUUUUGAAAAAUGAUUUAACUAGUAUGUACAAUUUAGAGCCUUUUAUACCAGAACCAUUAUUGAACAGAACACAUAUUGAAAUAGGUUUAAAAGAAAAAACUGAAAUAGAUUUAAAAGAAAAACUAGAAAAAAUAUUAGAUGAAUGUAUAAAAACAAAUAAAUUACGGUUGUGUAAAAGCGAAUUAAUAGAGAAAUUGAAUUUAGGUGAUACUAAAAAACGCCAUUUAUGGAACACAAUAAAAAACCUAUUGGAUUGGAAAAAAUCUAAUAUUCUAAUAGUAUAUAAAAAUAAAGAAUUAUUCAUAGAAUGUAAAUAGUUAAAAUAUAAAUAUGAAAUUCGCUUUAUAACAGAUGCAAUAAAAUAUUAUAAUGAUAAGUAUAAAUUAAUUAAAAAAUCUGAGAAAACUAAAAAAACGAAAAGAAUUCAAUUGUUAUUAUUUUUAAAAAAUUAAAAAAAAAAAACCUAUAAUAAAUGUAUUAAAUUGUUAAGUCUUGAUUUUGACAAAAUGAUAAAUUCCAAUGUUGAAAAUAAAAAUAAAAAUUUAAUCUUAAUAUAAUAAAAUAUUUGGUUUUUUUUUUUUUUAAAUUAUCGAAUCGAAUUAUUUAUUUUGGUAUUUUCGACUUAUAAACAUACGCAUCCAACGAAAGCAACGUUAAAUCAUAACUUGUUAUCGGCUAUAAUUUUUAGUCAGAUAAAAUUCAAAUAAACUUUAUGAUUCGUAAUGACUAGACAAAUCCGACGAUAUUUCAAAAAUGUCAUUACCAUACGACAGACCCAUUGGGACAAUGCUCUCUUAAUCCCUUUCACAUGACACUUGUAAUAAGCAUAUAAGACAUUUAGUUUUCGAUUUUUUUAAAUCAAAAUGUGGCAUAACCUUUUGAACUUAAUUUUUGUUUAGGUAUAGAUGCAUUGUCUGAAAGGCAGUUCGUUUUUAUUCUCUAAGCAGGGAGGCAGGAGCGUUGACAUCAAUAAACCGUACACAAAAUCAUAUUAGGUGCAAAAAGCUAAACUAUUUCGGGAGGGAGCCCUUAUUCCUUCAUAAUAUUGAUUUUAUAUUCUUAGUAUUUGCUUUAUUUGUUGGAUGGGUACUUAACUGAAUUCCAAGGGGGCAGAACCCCCCAAGUUCCAUCAAUCUAUAAACCAAACGGAAUGUGUUGGAUGUACUAAAAAAAUGCAUAUUUAACAUAAUUUGUUUCAAAUAAACUUUAACUUUAGUGGAAAAUGUCGCAGGAGAGGCGGCUGCCACUUAUGAUUAUAACAUACAAAAACUUAAUGCAUGGGUCAAAGGGUUUAAUGAACAAAAGUGUCGUAACUAAAUAAGAAAUAAAUAUAAAAAUAAAAAAAAAAAUAAAAAUACAUUUUACCAUUUAUUUAUUUUAUAUUUAUACACAUUCGUGUCUGUAUGUUUACUUUUCAGUUUUUACUUUUUUUUUCGUCUACAAGAAAAGUGUGAUAACAAUUGCUGAAAAAAAAAAAAAAACUUAAUGAAUUAAGAAACUAGGCGACGAAAGAAAUAACUAAUAAGAAACAAUUAAUUAAAAGAUAAAGAAUAUAUAUUUAUGUACAUAUAUAUGUUAUUUAAUUGUAUAGAAAAGAUUUUCAAAAAUAGUUUUUGUUAUAAAAAAUUCAAUUUUAUAGUCCUUAAUUUACCGUUAAAGAAAGAGGAAAACACUUGGCAAUGCCAUUUUCCACACAAAUACGAUAUUACUUUGUUUCGAAGCAUUCCUUCCAUUACAUCAAUAAUUUAUUAUUUAAUGGUAUCUAUUCUAUCAUAUUUUUUUUUUCACCGUUAAUCAAAUAUCGAUAACAAGAAACAAACCGUUAUUUGUUUUAAUGAACAUAUUAAUCGUUAUUGGCGCUUAUCACUUUGGAUAAAUUAAUAAUUAUCAUCCUUUCGAAAACAACGACACUGACAACAUAAUAAUUAUGCACGCAUUCGCACGAUCUACUCGUAUAAUUGACUUCCCGUGUCGAGCAACAGUACGCAUCAUAAUUCGUAUUAGUGACAAUAGCAUUAUAAUUUAAAGGCGUUAACGUACUGUGCUAAGAAAUCGACAUUAAUAACUAUAUUAUUACUACCUACUUGGCGACAAUAAAUAUGAAUUUUGAGUUAUUAACGGACCUACUCUAACCGUUGUGUUGCCAGUAAAAUUCCCCCAAACGCAAAUAUUAUUAAAUACAUUCCUCGUUAUGAUCGGAAUUUAAAAAAAAUUUAGCAAUAAUUAUUAUUGUUACAAUACAGACUACGUAUAUUAUACGCAGUUGUAUUUGUGCGAAGCUUAGAUAUUGUUUGUUAUUACUUAAAUAUUAAACGUUAUUGUUUCCAUAAAAUGUACUGAUGUUGGGUUAAAUACAAUCAUAAAUAUUGACGCGCGGAUGGGCCAACGCGGGCUCCGGUUGGCUCAUCGCCAGACGGUGGCCGUCGUGCUGUCGUGAAAACGGUCAUUUCGCAAUCCUGCGCUGACGGUACGAGGCCGCACAGUUCCCGUCAUACGGAAUCCGCGUUAUCCGGGACUCCGCCUGGACUCCCAUUUAACGUCGGCGGCCACCUCGGCGCCGCCGGAAAGGCCCCCUGGGCCGCCCUCGUCGUCAGCCGACACACGCCCGACGUUGGGGGACACUGUCAGUCCAAGAGAGCCUUACUAAUGUCCGUCUUCUGCAGCAGGUUACUAUACGCAGCCUCGACGUCGACCGACAGGAUGGCCAAGCACGCGGUCUGCCGCAACGCCAUGAUUCGGGUCUAACGAAUUGCCGCACUCGGGGUUACCCGGGUAGUUUACCGCACAGUUUCAGUCACAAAAUUAUUAAUUUUAUAUGAACCGAUAAAAAAAAAAAAAAUUGUUGACUUUAAACUUGAUUCGCUUAUAUUAAUCUAGAUUUUUUUUUAACGAGUUAAAAGGUAUUAACUUAGGUAUCACUUAUUAUAUUAUUAUAUUACGUAAAAUAUUAUAAGUGCAUAUGUAUCAUAGCCUUUAAUUAUUAUUAGCACAUUUUUAUAUUAUUAUUAAUAUUUAUAUAAACGUUCAAGUACAAAAAAAAAAAAAAAAAUAAUAAUAAUUGUACAAACCGUAGAAUAAAUAAAAUAUAAAAAUCCAGGGCCGUACUCGGACCGAUUUUAUCGGGUCCGGGGCCCGGUCCUUAAGCUUAUUUUUAAGAUGCCCGGACUUGCGAAAAAAAUGUUCCCUUGAAAAUUCGUCCGAACCCUAAAAAAUUAUAGGGUUUCAAAAGAUUCAGUUUGCCCGGAGUCCGGCAAAACAACCGAGUACGGCUCUGCAUGAAUCUGUCAUUCAUUUGACAUAACAUUACAUUACUACUCUUGCGUAAUUCAAUCAUCGUAACACAAUUAUCCCACGGUUCGCAUUAUGAAUCCAAAGAUCAAACGUUUUCAUCGUCUCUGUCCACUCUCAAACCUCCGUCACAAAAAUGUACAACGGAUCCGUACGUGGCAUAACUCCGCCCGUAUUCAAAUAUAGAACGCGGACGUCGCGACCAAAAUGAACGACGAAUCGCGGCCGCCCACUUCAGCACGUCUUUCACGCAAACACGGUAUUGUACACUCAAGCGGAAUACCCGACAUUCGCCAAAGGACCAAAGUAAACGUGUUGCCUGCAACGAGUUGUUGUACCCUGCGGUCCGCGGCUGCAAUUAUCAUUGACAUUCGUUUAAAAAAUUAUCAACGUCAUAGCCAAACAAGCGGCUACUAUUGCGGCUUGCGAAAUCUACGAAUUGCCGAGUAAAACCAGCGCAGUUAACAUUCAAAUAAUCGCUUGAUGUUUUACACGGUGACCCGUUCGAAACGCGCGGGAAUCGGAUGUAUACAAUGGUUUUGUAUCAUCGCAAAGAAGUUAAAAAAAAAAAACGGCCGGGAAGAAGAGGACGUACAGCAAAGUUGGAAGAGACAGAGACGCAAACAAUAAGUAAGAUCCACCGAGAUUGAUUAACUCUAAUAAUAAUAAUAAUAAUAAAAAAAAAAUGUAAUUAUUUAUGUUUCUUUAUAUUUUAUUUUUAGAUUUAUAUUAUCUACGUUUCUUUUGUUAUUGGGAUGACAAUAUUUGGGUUAUUGGGUUACUAUUACAACUUUUUAUUAUUAUUACACGUAUUAUCAUUAUAUAUUAUACUAACAGCAUAUUAUCAUUGUAUUAUUUACCGACUACUAUUAUUAUCAUCGAAUCAAAUAUAUAUUGUGCAUUUAAAUGAGAAUUAUCUCGUAUUAUUAUUACCUGUCCGUGUGAAUAUUGCGAUAUCACGAUAUCAAAAACACAAAUGUGCAAACUGCAGUAAAAUGUUUAUACAUUUUUUUUUUUUUUUUUAAAAAAAACUUUAUGUGCACCAAGUAGCAAAAUGGUAAUAAAAAAACUCGAUUGCAAUUUGUAAUUUAUGGCAUAUUUUAUACUCGUAAUAAACGGUCGAAGCAUCAUAAUCAAUUCUAAAAACAAUUAAUAUAAUCUGUUAGUUAUAUGUGUCGCUUCCUGAGCGCCCAACCGACCAUUUCAGUUGAGAAAUUAUCCAUUUGCGCCGAAAAAAAUGAAUUCAUUUUGGACACGGCCUUUCCGCACCAAUAUAAAUAGAGCUGUCCUAGGAUAAUGGGGACGGGUGCAGCCACUGUUAUAGGUAUCUCGAACCUGUAAGCAGCGAUAACCAUUGAUAACAAAAAAAACGUAUCUGAGCGGAGUUCAGUUGAUAGUGAUGCUUUGUCAACAAUAUAUAUAUAUAUCAUAUUAUGGUAAAAUAAUUACGUAGGCAUUAUAUAUUUAUUCAAUGUACCCGUUUUUCCCGUUUUCCCCGGUUCUCCCGUGGAAAGUAUUAUAUGAAUACGAAUGUCACAUACUUUCAAAUACUUUUUGUUUACCUAUUAAUAUUUUCCCAUAGAGUCCCAAGAUGUCAUUUUAAUAUGUGUAUUUUUUUUUUUUAUAGUACUACUGGUUUAAUAGUGUAAGUGAAAAUUUCAGGCAUUUUAAUUUGCACUAUGGAAACCAGAUAUGUUAAAAUUUCAAAAACUGUUUAAAAUAGGCCAUUUAAAUUGUAAUACAUUUGUAAAAUAUUCAAAAUACACUGGCGAUAGUAAUUUCCGUAGAAAUAUUUUUAUAAAUGUCAGCACCUCCUAUUGGAAUAAAUCAAUUAUUGAAAAUGUUUAGAUACUUUUAUUCAAAUACAUUGCGAGUGUGCAAAGAAAAAAAAAAACCCAAUAAUAUAUAGUACAAUUUUCUAUAUUUGCGUAUUUUUUAUGUUAAUCAUAAUAUAUUAUAUUGAAAUAUCCACAUUUUUUGCUUUUACCGAUAGUGUAUUAACGCGCGCGAAAAAUAAAAACUGUCGUCGGCCAUUAAUAAUAUUACGUAUAAGAGCUACUUAUGACUACGUACAAUUUUUUCUUUUUUUUUUUUUUUUUCCAAACAUAUUCUAAUAAUAAUAUUAUAAUACUAAUAAAUAUUAUAGUAGAAACAUAGCGCGUGUCGACUUAACCGAUAAACUUAAUGAUAUCAUUACAAAUAAUCAUAACCUUUUAUUUUCACAGUUUUUUUUUUUUAUUAUUUUUUUAUUUUAAUAAUUUAUCUAAAACGCCGAACAGCAAAUGUGUUUUUAUUCGAUAAAAUGACGUGUAACAAUAACAAUUAUGAUAUUUUGCAAAUAUAUCUAAAAAAAAAAAUUACAUUUUUCUUAUUGCUCGUGUAAAAACGCGGAACUAAAUAGAUACCUGUUACAAGUAUAAUCUAUAGUAUUUUUUUUUUCUCAACCAUACGUGUGUUCCUCAUUAAACAAUUUAUUUGUCUCGUCUACAAUAUGCAAUCCGACUGGAUGCCCGACGGGACUAGAGAUAAAGGGGGGUGGGAUGUAAUCCUUUUCGAAUUUAGACAACCAAAUCCGAAGUUAGUUUAGUCUAGAAAGUCAAUCAUUUCUUUGGUUUUGGUUUGUUGAUUGUAUUCAAUACUGUUACCGAAAUUCAACUGCGUUAUAUCCCUUCUAAGAGAACGCUGUUAGAAAAUGAUGGAAAAUGUUUAAGACCGAGUGUUAAAGAGCACAACUUAGUUUAUUUCUCGGUUAGACGUUUAGUUCUCAGUAAGAGCUUCGCCCACUGACCCGUAAAGACCAGCGAUCACGGAUGAACCUGACAAUAAUGUCCAUUCGAAUAUCACGGUGUGUGAUUGUUUCUUCUCCCGGGAUAUCUGUGAUCGAGAGGCGAUCGGAUUGGCGAAUAGCGGAUUGGAUUCAUAUUCAAUUUCGAUGCAAUAUUAUAACGAGGAACACACGGAUCAUUAACUGUGAACAAUCAAUAUUUUUCGGCGCUUAGUAGUAUACGCUAUUUCUAAUUUCUAAUUCGCGAUACUGUUAUACUCUCAUGUACAAUAAAAAAAAAUAUCCGCGAGUAAAUUCGGAGAUGAAUAAUAAUUAUUAUAAUUAUACAAUACGAUUUUUAACAUUUUUUUUCAUUUUUUUUUUUUUUUUGCUAUUUUACAACACGUAAACUUAAUUUAUAUAUUAUGUUAUUGUUUUUAUGACCAACGGCGUAAUAUUUAUGCGGACAACUAAUAUUAUAAUAACAGUAUUACAGUUUUAUGCGUAAGAAAAUAAAAUAUAAUAUUACAAUACGGUACUCGGUGUAAAAUUAUAAAAUUAACAAACCACUACGUGACUUCGGUCCAUCCCAUACUUUUAGACAUAGGCGCGUAAUAUUAUUUAUUGUUUAUCUAUUUUAAACUAAACUCCGGGCCAUUUUUGUCGAGUUUCCCCCCGAAAAUAUAGACUACGCAUUACACUUUUGGACAUUUUUAGUCCACAGUCGGUCAGAGUAGUUUUAUAAGAGGAUUGAAGUGAUACGAGUUGGAUGAUUGAAUUUCACCGUGCAAUUGUUGUCGGACGAGUAUGUCUUUUUAGAUAAACAUUCCUAUACAGUAUAUGUACCCUUCCCCCAUAUAAAGCCGGUGAAAUGCUAUUUUGUAUACGUAUACGGUGUGAUGAAUACUGAAAUAAUGUGCAUGUUUUUUAGGAUUUUAACAUUCAAUCCUCGACCCUAACAUUUUUAUGCUCAAAUUUUACUAUUUUACAAUUUUUUUUUUUUUAAAUAGUAUAAUAAUGUGGUUUAAUUCAGUAUAACUGUAUUAUUUUAAUAUUCCGUUACAAAUUGUUUUACAAAGAUUAUUUCUACAAUACAAAACCGGCGGGGGAAAAUUCGAAUGAUUGAGUAAUGGAGCUCUGCUACUCAUUUGUGUUUUUUUUUUUUAAUGUACAUCCUGUGUAUAUGUAGCAAUAUCACGAAAAAAAAAAACUCACGAAAAAUGGCCCGAUGAGGUUUGAAACUAUUAUUAUAAAAUAUAACACACUUUUUAUUCAUAUAAUCAAAUUUUAUAUGAAAUCAUUAUACUUUAUUUGCAUACCGUUGCAAUUAUAAUAAAAACCGUAAAAAUUAGCACGGUAUUUUACCGAAUACUCUCUUAUUGAUUUUUUCUGAUGCACAUAAAUUAAUUAAAACCCGAAUGUUUUGUUUUUUAAACUAUUUAAAAUUCUAUCGUUCUGGGUUCAAUGUGCAAAUCAAUAAAGAGAAUUUGAUGUUAUUUUUCCCUUCGCCCAAAUCAGUGUUUCCCCACCUUCUAGACAUUACGGAAAAUUCAGAAAGUUUACAAUGAUGACCAUUUUAGUUCGUACAUCAUUUAAAAAGCCGAUAGCAGGUCCGACAUUGUCCUCAUAUUCAUCCCGGGCGUCCAAGCUCAUAAAUCGAUCUUCGGACCAAAUUUUUCAUUCGAAACAUUCAGUUUUUCAACAAAUUAAAAUUCAACCUCAUGGUAGGGAAACUACUGAUUUAUAAAUACAAUGCCAACAUAACCGAAAAAAAAAAAAUAAAAACUAAUAUAUGAACUGACGUUUUGUUUACGGUUUCCAUUAAAAUUUUUAACUAAUCGCGUAUUACAAAAAAACACUACUACAUUACGCUUAGCUAAGCAACUAGUACAACUUAUGAAAAACCUUGUGUACAAUUGUCUAGCAUUUCUCAUUGCUCAAAACAAAUCUAACCCACGUAAUACCAAAAAAAAAAAAAAGAAACUAGAAAAUGUCAAAUACUUAAGUAACUUGAAACAUCGCCAUAAUGUGUUGAAUAUUUUACGUCUACAAAAGGUCGGUGACAGUAUUCUGUGGGAAUGUCAGUUCUGGUAAGAAUCGCAAUAGUAAAACAAAAUCGUAAAUAAUAUAAUGAAAACGUUAUUUCCUUAAACUUUGAAUUUCUCGCAUUUAAAAAAAUAAAACCAAAAUAUUAUCUUUCGAUGGAUCGAUUUGAUAGAAAUUUCUUUCGAAAAACGCGGUGCACUCGAACAUCAUGUGGUAGAAAAACAAAAUCGAAAAUAAAGAAACGGUAGAGUUAAAUUUGUUUUGUUUCUCUCGGGUACGCGUUUUCAAUUUAUAAUGUUUAUCGCAUUAUUACCUACACUUAAAAACGAAACUUUAUGUACAAUGUUAUUAUUUUCUAUUUUUAUUUAUUUUUUUAUCGUUAUUAUUACACAGUAUUACAAUAAAAGUAGUGUUAUCGUAUUAAAUUAUUCCACGGUAUAAAACAUAACGUACAACAUUUUAUAUUUACGCACAUUACGGUAAUAAUUUUUAAUGUAUAUUAUAUGUCGUUUGUCGUCGACACGUCGUUGGGAGAUUCGCCAUGCGCAUCAUCGCGGGAGUACAACAUCAAACGACAAAUACUACCCAUAUUUCGUUAUUUUUUUUAAAUUAAAAACAGUAUUUUUUUUUUAUAUAUAUAUAUAUAUAGCUUUUUAUUCGUUUUGAAGAUAUAGGGAAUUUAUUUUUUAAUUUGGAGUACGUUUUGUAUUUUUCUCGCGUAAACACGACCGAUACACGAAGCAUCGUUACAUACUAAGGGCGCGGGUGGGGCGGGCGGUGGGUCGAUGCGUUUUCACUAUUAUAAUAUUAUCAUAAUUAGCGCCGAUUCCGGUAUCCGACUUUCGCGUUAGUUCACUCGGACUUUAAAACUGUACGGUUGUGCGCAUAGAAUCGCGAUAACCGCGAGGUUUCGAAAUUUCGCGGAGCCGCGAACCGAGAUGGAACGAAAUUUACCGAUGACGCGUACCGAUUGAAAUCAUCCGACGGUUUUUAUCGUUUUUUUUCCCCGGUCCAAUGAUAAUAGAUGCGGUUUACUAUCGGAACAAAUCCAUUCGAAUACGAGUUUUCGGGGAUGGGUGAACUCGAUAUCCGCGUGAUAUCGGCCGAUAUGCAGCACCACUGAUAAUUACAAUGAUGUCGUGUCCGCCGUAACGACUGCCGUGUCCUAUAUCUGUUAUUUUUCCCGGUUGCUUUUAUUUCGUUCCGAAUGCGUAUUUUAACGUGAAUGCGCCGUAUUUACGCGUGCCGAAGUAUGAUAAUAUAUCCUGUUAUUGUAAUGCGUUUAAGUUGUACGAUUUUAUUGUUAUAUCGCGAUAAGCUUCAAAGCCGCUUUCCCAUCAGAGCCGUGCCGAGCAUUCGAAUCGCCUAAAUUUAUUUCAGAGACCCCCCUCAAAAGCGUAUACAUAAAGAAAACAAAAUAAAACAUUUUAUCAACCGUAUGCGAUUGGCGCCGGUUUACCCGAACAAUGUUUUCCAAUUUCGUAACAUUUUAAAACGAAAUUUUUUACAUUUUAACGCGGUAUAUUAUUUCGCUUUACCGCUAAUCUAUUCUCCGAUACCCAUUGAAAGGGAAGAGGUACGGCUGUGAAGGAGAUUUUUCGUUGUUUAGAAGUAUCAAUUUUUUGCCAACUUUAACGACUAUACUAGUUAUUCGAAAAAAACUUUUGAAGACACAUUUGAAUUAGCAUUGAGUUUACUUUCUUAAUUUUUUUGUUUACUAUUGAUCACGUUUUAAAAUUUCAAAAAAAAAAAAAAAUGAUAGAAAAGUAGUUUCCAGGGAUAAUUCGAAAAUGGUUUUAGAAUUAUUAUCCAAUUUAUAAGACUUUCGGCAAAUUGGUAUAGGUAAUAUUUGUUUAUUUUGAUAGUAAAUACAUUCGGUAUCGAAAAAGGGAUUCAAUUUAACUUUUAAAAACAUACUUAAAUUCGUCAUGAAAUUUAUUUAAACGACUUUCUAUUUUUUUGAAAUUAAAUUUAAUCCCUUCCAAAAUUUAUUUUUUUUUUAGAAUUUUAAAAUAUGAAUAAUUUAACAAAAAAAAAAAAAAUGUAAAAACGUCGAUUUCAUAUGAACUUGAAGUAUUUCAAGUAAACUAACAUAAUCAGUAUAAUCGGCAAAAUAUACUUUAGAAAACUAAAACCGCUCUUGGCAGUACUCCCUCCCCUUUAAUGGGUUUUGGGUAGUAGAUUAAAGGAAAAGUAUUAUCAUUGGUGACCAUUAAAAUAUAUAAUUUUUUUUUUUUUGAAAUUUUAGAACAUUGGAGAAAAUGUAGAUAACCGGUACCAAUCCAUCUUAAUUGUUGAUUCAAGGGUACCGUUUAUUUUACCACGGAAAUCCCAUCAACUGUUCCCUCUCCUCUUUUCUAUAUGGUCUUGAAACGUCCGUUUACCGUAGAAAUCCAUCAUCACUAUAAGUAUAAUCACAUAAGCCACAUAAGGGGGGAGAGAGGUUUACUAUCGAUUAUUUCAAUCAUCGCGGCAGUACAGUGUACUUCUUCUUGGGGAGUUUCUGAAAUAAGCGAUUCAAAAUUGUUAUUAUUUAACUCACGGGGCGCGAAAAUUUCCCCAUUUCAUUCAAACUAUUCCAAUCAUUAUAAAUGCAAAUAAUUCGAUGCGAAAUUUAACACAGUAACGAUAUUGAUUCACUAUGGAAAAUUUUUUCAUUUCACCGAAUAUUGAUUUUUCGGUCCCUUUAAAACCGAUUUUCUCGGCUCUAAACCAAAUUAAUAUAAAGCCUUUCCUCACCGUAAUAUUAAAUUACGGCUCUGUUAGUUUCCCCUCGAAAUUGUACCGUUCCGAAUCACUUCCGACAUACUUUUCUCUUUCUGUUUUUACUAUCUUAAAAGCGCGCGCGGUCACUCGUCCACCACCGUUAGGUUAAGGGUUAGGUUAGAUUAGGUUAACCAAACGUUGAAAUAUUUUACAGGUUAAGAUCGAUUUCUUCAGAAUAAAAAAUAUGUUUGCUAUGAAGAUCGGGGAAAAGGAGUGCAUUCGUAUUCUAAAGAAAAUUUAACCCAGUCGAGGGAGGGGGUUGCGAAAGCGAACGAAAGGAAAAUAUAUUUUCAGGCAUCGCCCUCUUAACGUCCGGUGGGCGGAAGAUGUCCCAAAAAUUAUUCCCAGAGGGAGGGGGCGAUGGGUGAAAAUGUUUGCCGUUCAAUCCGAUAUUCGUAAUCCGUGUUCCCAUAUUCGUCACGAGAUCUCGCUGUGCCCGGACAGACGGUUUCGGGAAGGAAUUCGUAUUGAUACAAAAUACCGGCGGUAAAAGUGACAGCGGCAGCAGAUGAAGUGGAGGAUGAGAGAAAUGUACAAAAUAUUCCGGAAAUGUCUUCGACGUGUAUGUGCCGGGUGGAGGAGAAGGUAGAUUGCAGCAAUGGACGGGUGGACCGCGAUGCAAGAUCGAACACCUACCCUCUAAUCGUGUAUGUAUCAAAAUACACAACAGUGCGAAUUUAUGAUUAUAACGUAAACUAUACAAUACAAUAUUAAAAAUUUAAUUUGUUAUUUUUUUUUUUCAGGCAGUUGUAUCUAAAAAUAUGAAUUACUAUGCGAAAAUCGCGUAACGAUUUCAACUCGUUUCAAUAGAACGCGCGCAGUACAGUGCCGUGGGGAGACGAUUUAAUAUUUUACGAUAACAAAUUUAGUUUUUUUUUUUUUUAUUAUCAUUCGUACGUAUUAUAUAAUAUAAAUACGUAGUCGGUGGGAGAUUUAUAAUAAUAUUGUAACAUUACAAUACUACAUUGCAUUAUGUCGUCUCCCACCGACGGACCGGCAAACACAUCCGACGUCAUUGAAGGAGGUUUUUUUUUUUUUUAUUAUUUUUAUGCGUAUAUUACUUUUUGUUCCAUUUAUUAUUAUUAUUAUUAUUAUUAUUAUUAUUAUAAUUAUUAUAUAUUAUUACGUGCGGGUAACCGGGCGGAAAAACUGAAUAAUUAUUUAUUUGUAUUGUUAUGUAUUAUCGUAGUACGUAUAGGUAUUAGUAUUAUAUAGUUAGUAUUAUAGGUAGUAUAUUAGUAGUAUAUUUUAUAGUGUAGUAUAUUUUUUAAUAAUAUUUUAUUAAAUAAUGUCGUGUUCCGUUCGGCGGCGUCCGUCGAUUCGCGUCGACGACGACGGCGGCCGCUACGGCCGCCGUUUUGCAGUGAAAAAUUACGGAGUGCGGGACACUCGUUCAGACGUUAAAUAUGUACGAGACGUUCGUCUCCUGGCUGGCCUGCCGCUUGGUGUACGCGUGAUGGUUGGUGAUGUAGUACGACGACGCCUUGCCGGCCGACCACGAACCCGCCGAGGACGAGACGUUCUCGUUAUACCGGAGCGUUCCCCAGCACCUCUUGCUCCGGAGCACGGCCGUGAACCCCCGCCGGAACUUCUUGUUGAAGAACGCGUACAGCACCGGGUUGAUGGAACUGUUUGAAGCGCCCAGCCACUGGGCCACCGGCGUGGCCACCGAUAGCACGUCCUCCUCCCACGGCCUCAGCCGUCCGCCAAACUUGAUCCGGAAGAAUAUCGCGUACAGCGGCAGCCAGGACACGACGAACAGUAUCACCACCAUUACCAACAUCUUGACCACCUUGACCUUGCUUUUCUGCUGUAUCCGCUCCAUCUGCUCGUCCUUGUUGUCCGUCGGUAUCGUCCGCCGCCACACUUUAAUCCAUAUCAUCAUGUAGCACAGCGAUAUGGCCACCAUGGGCACCACGUAGCACAGGCCCAUGUUGCCCAGCAGGAAGUACAUGUUGCCGUUCAGACCGUCCGGCCACACCUCCAGGCACAGUUUCACGUGGGGCGCGUCCUUGAAUAUGGCCACCAUGUCGAAGAACAACAGCCACGGUAUGGUUAUGGUCCCGGACACCACCCAUAUAAUCAGGAUGAUCCACCGAGCGCGCCGGGUGGUGAUCUGACACUUGAGCGGGUACCAGAUGGCCAGGAACCUGAAAACAAUAAUAACGUUAUGAGCGGAGGUUCACAAUACGGAUCGAGUACGAUGGGUGUACGAUAAACCGCGGAUUAAUCAGCGUUAACGGACAAACGUGGCUGCAGCGCGUUUAGGACACGUCGCAAUAAGGAGGACAGAAAACGAGACGGUUAGGGGUAACCGGGCUAUGGAAAUCCUACGAUUCGGUGAAGAUCGAUAAAGGGAUACGGAGAUCCGCGUAGUGAUCGAAUGUCGGAUUAAUCGGAAACCGAAGAAUGCGUUCGAGCGGCGUAGUGUAAGUAAAAUAUUCCGUGUAAAGCCCGGAAUUAUAUUAUCUUAAAAUCCAUUUUGGAACACAUUAAAAUAGCAAAAGUGAGCGAUUUAAUAGUCGCGAUUAUACUCUGAACGUUUAUAUUCGUCACGUUAUCAAUAAACUCACAACCCGACAACAACGACAACGGGCGGAUCGCCCCGGGGUGCUUUCCAGGAACAGUUCGAGCAGUUCCGGCCGCUUUGCGCAACGAAUAGACUUUGACGCGAUCACAACAAGGGCCGUUGCAGAAAAUAUUUUACAGCGUUGUGACGGCGGCUAUUAUUGUCGUGCACACCGUGCGGCCGAAGAAUUCUUCUGUGACACAUACAAGGGCGGCGCGCGCCCCGGAGAAAUAAUCGAAUAUUACAGACGAUCGCCCGGUUGUUGUAGGACGAUGUCGGGUUCACACGUUGCGCCGGUCAACUGUUGUGUUUUUCCGUGCUGUUCGUCGGGAAAAAUCACUAAAUAAAUUAUCGUAGUGCGUAUGAACGCAUGAGAAACUGCAAAGUCCCGCAGAUACGGCCCGGAUAGGCCGCACGGGGAGACAGUGGAGGUCGCGGCCUCACCCGCGAAAUUUACCGGUCUCCCGCGAGAUCUUUUGCCAGAGUAUUAACUAUAUGUUUUUUUUUCUUUCUAAAUUAAGAUUGAAAAUUAAUUACCUUAUUUGUUAUAUUACAAAUAUAUAUAUGUUAUAUUACCAAUUUGUUAUUAUCGCAUAUAUUUCAUUGACUGCGUAUUUCUACAAACAGAGAACGUUUCGCGUUUUCGAUCAUAGUUAAUACAAUAAUGGUUUAAUAUAUUCACGUUCAAUGUAUUACGCCUCCUCAAAAACAGGCUUCGGACCUCUAAGCCCUCCUAUGGCCUUGUCACCUCGGAGCGGCGCACGUUUAAAAACCGGCGGUGUUCCACCGUAUUCGACGGAUAUUUCUACAGCUGUUAAUAUUACAUUUUUUUUUUUUUUUUUUUUUACAAUAUGCUUUUCUUUAAGAACGAAAACGGUUUAGAGAACAAUUAAAUUGUUAUUUGCAUCCCCUAAUCACAUAAAAAAUAAAUCUUUCUAUUAAUUCGCUUAACAAAAUUUACAAAAUAUAUUAUUCUAAACAUUUAAAUCAGCCAUACAUUCAUAUCCGAUUGACCCUUUGUUAGUUAUUUUAGUAACAAUCGUUUUAAUUUGUAACACAAUAACGUAAACAAGCUACUCGACCCCGUAUCGUUAUGCGGCAGCCUCGUUUUUCACAUGUUUUCUCUAGAAAUUAAAAUGACUUAUCCAAGGGACAAUAAUUUAUCAGAUUUGAAUGUAUGGCGCGUAAAAAUAUUUAGAAUAAUAUAUUUUAGAUAAUGGCUAUUUGGAACAUCGUAGAGUGUGAAUGAUUAAUGUUUAUUAUUUUUUAAAUUAGGGGAUGAAAAUAAAAAUGUAUUUUUCUCUGAAUAGAUGUUCCCCUAAAAACAAAAAAAACAAAAUUGGUUUAAAAAACAAAUUGAAUAUGAACAACACUAGAAAAUCCAGUCUAACACGGUGGGACAAAAUAAAAUAUGAAAUAUAAAAAUAUAGGUACCUAAGGUGGGUUUUUGACCGUUUAUGCGAAAUUACUUAGUUUUUAUUGCGUUCACGAUGUUAAAACAAUCGAUUUCAAAGAUUCUACAAUAUUAUUUAUGUAGCAAAUUACGUGAAAAACGAUAAUUAUUAUUUUUUUAUUAUUAUUUCUAUGUUAAAUGAGAUUCAUAUUAGAUUCUGAGUGAAGUGAAGAAGCCUAUAGUUUUACAAAGAUGUUUUUUUUUUUAUUUUAUCUUCUGUGUACAACUUUUCUACCAGAAGAUUUGCUCGGAUUUCUACGUGUAGCACCUUUUCUGAAAGAAAACUGGCACGUGGGGGUACACAUUAAGGAGGUCAUUUUUUGAUUUUCCCAAGAGUUUUCCCAGAAAAUGUAAAAAACCGGGAAAAACUUAGGAAAACUGGGAAAAUUGGUACAACAUUAAACAAAUUUUAUCAAAGAAAAUAUAUAAAGCCUAUUUAAUUAUUUUAAUAUAAAAUGACAUAUAUAUAUAUAUUGUUGAAAAAUCAUAACUAUCAACUGAACUCCGCUCAGAAUCGUUUUUUCAUAAGCAAUGGUUUAUUGUUGCUUACAGAUAUAUAUUAAAUUAAUUUCUAUAUCCUACCUUUCCAACUUUUCACCAAUACCAGUAACUGCACCCAACCCCAUUAUCUACCUUUUUUGUUUGGUUUCUUGUACACGAGCAACUACGAUUUAAAUUGAACGACUGCAGACUUAGAAAUACGAUUUCUGUCAAGUGUUAAAAUAAAAAGAAAUUCUAAAAUACCCGACCUUAUAUAUAUUUGAUGGCGCACGAAUAUUCGCUGCAGAUGUAAUUUGAAUAAUAUAGUUUAUAGUUUGUGUACGUCAUAUAUAAUGGACACGCGAGUGUAUACUGUCAUAUAAUCUGCGAAAUUGGCCAGAUUUUCAUUUCAAGACUUUAAACUAGACUGACUGAAAAGGAAACGGGAAAAUAUCCAAUUAAAAGACGUUGAUUUUUCCUACAUUCAGAUAAAACGAAAAUCAUUUGAGACGUUUUACCGACGCGUUAUAGCAGCUACAGAAAUCAAGUAAAACGACGCGCGACGGCAAGCUUGUCUCUAGUAAUAUCUGUAGCGAAUAUUUGUCACGCAGUGAACGAGGAGACUGGAAAUUAAUAAUACAACAAAAUAAUAAUAAUAAUUCAAAUGUAAUAAUAGUAUUCCAAAAUAGAGAAUUAAAUUCAGAAACCGCUUGCGAAAACCUCCCGAUAUAAAAGAUAAAAAGAUAAAAAAAAAACAGGAAAAACUUUAAAGCUUUUGAGAAAAUUGCUGGUUCACGAUAAAAUAAUCGCCCUGAAUAAGUUGGUCUGGGUACUGGGUCUGGCCGCCGCUCUUAGCCAAGUUACGAGAGUUACGAUUGAUUUAUCGAUAAAUUCCGUAAGAGCGCGCCACUAUUAUCGGCGUAGUAAUACAAAUAAUAUUUAAUGAUAUUUGCCACGACGACGGUCGUACACGAUAAGCGAAAAUAUUGGUUUAAAAUAAUACAAUUAUGCGACCUUUGCGGGUGGUAAUAUUAUUAUUAUUCCUAACACUGAUUUCCCGUCGACCGAAUUGGCAGAUUCCUGUGCGUCAGAAGUACACGGAGUCACGGAAACACGAUCUAACAAAAUUAAAUGCACCAUAACUUUGUUUUCUCUCGAAUCGUUCAAUAAUAAAAAUAUUGUCGACCUGAAAUCUAAAAUCAAAAUGGUAAAAUCAGUAUAUAUACGACAGGUCGGCUCAGAAUAAAUGUAACGUAUCAACCAAAAUAUCAUAUAUUUUUUUUUCUAACUCAAACUGACCAAAACUUGUUUAAACUUAUUUUAUUUAAAUUGACUCAUUUUAAAGAAAUGUGUGUUAGAUUUAAAAACAAACGCGCUCUUUGCCUCUUUUGAACAAUUUUGUCAAUACAUUCCGCCGAUUCUAAGUCGACGAACUGUCAGUUUGUCCCGUAUUUUAAUUGUUAAUAAAAACAAAAAUCAACAAAGAGGUAAACUUUAAAUUUGUAUUAAAAUAAUUUCAAAAAAGACGGACAUACUUCGCGCGUAGAUGAACCACUUUUUCGGUGAGAAGUUGGAAAGGUAGUAGAGAGAAAAUUUAAUGCAUAUCUGUACGCAACGAUUAACCAUUUCUAACGAAAAAAAUAUUUUGAACGGAGUUCAGUUGAUAGCAUUGUUUUUUAACAGUAUAUAAGUCCGUCAUAUUAUGGUGAAAUAAUUGCCUAUGAAUUAAACAUUAACUUUACUAAUAUUUGUUUGAUGUUGUACCAGUUUUCCCCCUUUAUUAGGAAAACACUUGAAAGAAUUAAAAAUUAGCCUCCCUAAAGUACCGCCUCAGUUGGAUUUUCUUUCAGAAAAAGUGCUCAGAAGAAAUUAAAUCGGAACAAGAUUGCAGGUGGAAGAGUUGUUCAGAUAAAAAAAAUUAAAAAUAUAUAAAAAUAAACAUCAUUGUAAAACCAAUACGUUCCUCGCUCUAUUCAGAAUUUAAAAUACAUAUAAUAAAUAUAUUUUAUAUAUUUAAAACAUCGGUCAACGACAGUCUGUCAGUUAACGUGUUUAGAUUGUAUGAUAUUCUAAUUAUUUUAUUUUAUACGGGCGCAAUGUAUACAGUAGUAUCUCAAUAAAAUAACAUGCAGACAAUUCAGCGUAAAUUAUAAUAGAAUACUGAUGCGUACAAUAUUCAGAGUGUCCAAAAGGAACUAGGAUAUAUGCAAACGGUUUUAACUUUUAAAACGGGUAAAUUGGCUAAAAAUCGUCAAGAAAUAUUUCAAUAUUUGAAAUCCUUGGGCGCAGUGAACCGGAACUUAUAUCCCAUCCACCUCUGGAUAUUCUCCAUUUAAAAUCAACAUCACCGAGAUACUAAACAUUGCAAUCGUUUUUGAAAACGGCAUUGUUUGUUUUUUACCAUGUGUACGUCGUGUGUAACACGCUGCUGCGGUCUUUGUCCGCAGGCGGCACGGCGAAUUAUUGAAAACGUCCGGCAUAAAAAAAAACCAAUCUCCUAAGCCCGACGGCGGCUCAUUGAAAAUCGCGUGCACGCGUCCGUGUUACCUUUGGUCUACGGGCUUUUAUUUUUCCGUUUGUGUAUUUUCUUAUUGGUUAUAGAUGCACCUGCAAUAGGUCGUGAGUAUAUACGUAUAGUUUGGCGUUAUUACCGCUGUGAGGUCUGGUCAAUGGUACGUGACUCUAGAACCUCUACGGUUCGCCCGCGAUAAUACUGUUAUAUUAUUAUGUAUACAGGGGGGUCAGUUUAUCACAGGAUUUUUAAGCGAAUUCGAUUUCAAUCGUUUGAGCUCUGUUUUUUAAAUUUUUUACUCCUACAUUUUUCGCGUACUAUUUGUAUACACUUUUGCUUUUUAAGACCAUUAAAUAUAUUAUCAAAAUGUUGAUAGGCAUAAACAAUCUUAAUUUCGGAUUUACCGUUUACGAUUUAUGAGUGUUACCGAAGUUUGAAAUCUAUACCGAAUGAGCACAGCUGUCUAACCAUAAAACACAGUAUAAUGUGCACUCGCAUAAAUGUUCACGUUUUGAUAUCAUUCUGAUCAAAAUAGAAUUGCGCGGAUUUUUUAACAUCACAAUUUUGGUCGAAAUAUUUCAAUUCUCUCUGGAAUUAAUAUUUGAAAUUUCAAUAACCACGUGCCACGUGUUAGACAAAUAUUACUAAAAUGGCUCUACUGUGAAAUUUGUGAAUCCAGAUUUAUUACUAAAUUUUAUGAAUAGACAGCGGCAGUAGGGAAGGAUACCUAAUAAAUUUCAUAUCCAUUUUAAGUGUAAUGAAUCGUCCUGUACAUACGUCUACCACACGGUACUGAAAAUAAAUCGACAAGUUAUUCUUGUACCGCGUAUUCGGUUUAAUCAAUUUCCAAUAUCGGUGUUGUGCCUAGUGUCGAUCGAAAAGAAAUAUAAUGCGCACUGUACUAGACUCACGUUUAUAGCGUUGCAAUUCGCAAAUACGAUUUUGAGCUGUACCGUUUACCCUGUGGUAAAAACGCAGUUCUUUGCGGCGGCCCACUAUCGUAUUAUUGUGUAUUUCUACAAAACUACCUAUAAAUAAGUCAAAUGAGAAAACAUGGUUAUAGAUAUUAAUGGGUGAUAUUAGGUUGCAGUAUGUCCUAUGCAAUAGCGUGUAAAGUAUUCUCAAAAUAAUCAACUGUUGCAGAGUACUGAAUUAAGGGGCGAGGCCGGUAGCCCCGAGCUGCAGAGCGAAAAAUAUCUUUUUUUUUUUUUCAUUUUCAUUAUUUUUUUUUUUUUUUAAUUCUAUUCUCAGUGUAGAGCGAAGAAGCGAUCAGUUUUACAAAAAUGUUUAUUUUUCUCCGAAAAUGUUCAGAUUGUGUCACGUCAUUAAAAGAUGCAGAAUUUUCGACCGGUGACACUUUAUUUGAAACGUUUAUCGAAAUUGUCAGAUGUUCAACAUUGAUAAUGACUACUGAUUACUGUCGUAAAUACUAAACAAAUAAAACAAAAAUUAAUACAUCCGAAUUAAAAAAAAUGAAUUUGGUUCAAUGAUCUUCGUCAACAGUAGGUACGGACUUCCACCGACUAUAUGGCCUUAAUCCGGUCCCGUUAUUGCAUUACGAUCAAUAUUUAAAUGAUUAUAGUCCACUAUUAAAAAAUAGUCUAUUUAUCUCGAAAAAAGUUAAUCACUCGAUAAAAAAUGUUGAAAAUAUAAGUUUCUAAUAUGAUGAAUUUUUGUUUGUUUUGUUUUUUUUUUUUUUUCUGUUUCAUUGUCUGCAGUCGACGCAAUCGAUAGCAAAAACGUGUCGCUAGAAUAGCCCACCCGUAAAUAUACAGUUGCAAUAUCGUUCGUCUAUACGGUAUACUGCGCAGUAGGUAUUUUUUCAAAAAAAAAAAAAAAUUACAAGUACAAACAAACCGUACACGACAAAUUGCCGAGAGCACACUAGUGUACGUGCAGUUUUUUUUUUUUUUAUAUUGUAUUUUCAAACCAAUCCGGUUCCCAUAUAAGAGCAUUUUUUUUUAGAAAAAAAAAAAAUAAUAAUACAAAUACGUAUUACUCAAUGCGUAUUAAUCCAUAUACGCGUUUUCACCGUGCACGGUCAACCCUGGGUAAUAUUGCCCGUUGUUCCAAAAUCGGAACAAUAAAUUCCAAACGAAAACAACAACAACAACAACAACAACAAUGAUAAUACCCGGUGCAUUAUGAACGACGUCGAGUGGCGCCGACGCGGCGGUUGCGCCGAUCUAUAACAGAAAACUGCAUCGUCAGUGGCGACAUUAAUUAAUACAGGAGCGGUGUCGUACGUGGAAUUCCGCGGUGCCCACCGCAGUCGGGCCAAGGAUUAUAAGACGACCGAAACGAUAACAGUUAUUAUUGUUACGUGAGCGCGUUACGUUUUAAUAUGUACUGCGAGUCCGGUUUCGGACAAGACGAGAAAGCGGAAAAAAAAUAAGUAAAUAAAAAAAAAAUGCGGCACGUAUUACCGGGUCAAGUUCAGCGGGACUCCCGUAAAUGGUGACAAGUUCGCUAUCGGGGACGCGGCUCUGCGGCUGAUAAACUUGACACCGCGUGAAGUCGAGAGUAUAAAACCUGCGGGGGACGUGCGUUGCCGACACAAUCGCCGCUUUUGCCCAGAGUGGAAAACCAAAAGAACAAAAACGAAAAAAAUUAACAAAGUUUUUUUUUCGCCGCUGUUUGUUCCGACGACGAAGACGCCGACAACGACGAUGAGGAUAACGGUGAGUGCACGAAAAACACAUAUACCUAUAGAAAUUAUUUUUGAAAACAUACUCGCCGUCACUGCGUCGAUGUAUAAUAUUUUCGAAGAGAGCUGAAAAAAUAAAUCAACUAACAGACUAUCGACUUUAUGUACUACCUAUAAUACGGGACGAACAAUUAACAAAUUUAAUAACUUUCGGUACUUAAAGGGGGUCAUUUUUUGAUUUUCCAAGCAGUUUUCAAGAUAAUUAGGAAAAAACGUAGCAAAACCCAGAAAGUUCAACCCUUCUCGCUUUCACAGUACGGUCAAGUUCAAAGGGUCGGGUUACGUUAUCCGACGUGUCCAUAAUAGGUGUCGUGGGCGUUCGAGUGUACCGUGGCUCCGCGAUCCGCGGGCUGAAAACGAAAUCUACACUCUCGGGGUGUUUUUUUCAAUUAAACGCUAUAGCGUGUGAGGUACAAUGCGAAACGUUGUCAUCAAGUUAAGCGACCGAUCAUAAAUCGGACCGACCGGCAACCGAAAAUUGUGAUAUCACCGCCUUGGGUUCGAGAUUUAUCGUAAUAGCGAUAAUACUCGGUGUAUUUUUGUAAGUUUUAGGCGAUAUAAAUUGAUUUAUUAUAAAAAUAUAUCGGGUGAUUUUUUUGUUACGGUGUUGGGAUUUAUCAUAAUGUUUUCGAGAAGAAAUACACGCGGGUAACAAUGUGGUUUUUAAGGAGUUGAUAUUUUGCAUUCGCUAUUUUUCUCUUCCAGGAGGAGGGAAGUUGUCUCCCAUAAGGCCCACUUAAAGAAUAACGGCCGGUUUUCGUACGAUCGCACACCUCUACGGACGUAGGUUUUCCGCCCAGCGGUACUUUGUUUGAACAAAAUUUCCAAUAGUUUUUCCAAAAGAAAUUAGCUUUUUGUGUUGUCUUGGAACACGUGUUUUUCGAUCGGCAAAAAUGUUCUCACCCGAGAAGACGCGCGAUUACCGGGCUGUACGAUAAUUUGUCUGAAACAUAUUUACCGACAUUUUAAACAGUUCGCCCCAUAAAAAUUUCACCACACUCGUUCGAUUUUAUUAUGGACCGUUCCAAAACUUAGGCACCUACUCACAUACCUAUGCAUAUAAUAAUCGAAACGUAUCGACUUUACGACGAUACAAUUAAUACUGCUAACCAAAUAACUUCUCGUUUUACCGUCAAAAGAACGCGCCGUACUUCCGCACCUCAAAAUGUAAAAGUAAAUAAAAAAUUUUAACAAACACGGCAAUAUUAAACGUUACGGAGUUAAUUGAUUUUAUUUGUUUUUCGGUCGGCGUCAACUAGCGAAGGGAAUUACACUCAAAAGCUCAUAAUAAACCUAAUUUUCGUACGCCUAAAAUAGUGGUUAAAAACUUUACCGACGGAUUUACACCUUUUAUGUUCGAGAAUUAAACAGAACUUUAAGUACCUCUAUCGACAACCGCAAUCGUCGCGGCAUUUUUACAAUUUCCGUUUUUACAUGCUAGCCCAUAAUAUUAAUCACAGUAAUUUAUUUGUUUGUCGUACCGUCGUAAAUACAAAGCGCAAUACAUAACCGUGUGCGCUUCGAAAACAGUGUUGGACAAUUUAUUCGCGUAGUAUUUAAGCGAAAUCGACUUGGCUUCGCAAAGCGGAUAUUAAUUUUUCAAAAAACUUCAGGAAAAUUGCAAUUGAUUUGUUUGUUUGUUUUUUUUUUUUAUUUUUCGUAUUUCGAAGCACUCAAAACUCACAACAAUUAUUAUAACAGCAGGGUUACAAUACAAACGAAAAAACCUUAGUUUUUUUUCCCGUUAUAAACGCGCUUUUAAUUUUAAACAAAUUUCUAUUUUGGAAAUACGGUUUUCCUCAUACCGUACAUACCGUUGUAUAACAAUGAUAGUCAAUAAUGUAAUAUUUUAUCAUAAUUAUUAUUCCAGAACAAAAUUACAAUUCGAGAAACGUAGUCACUUCUCUAUCCAAAAGCAAUAUGAACAGUUUGUUGUCGUUUAUAUUUUAAGAACGAAUAGGAAUUGUAUAAACGUGUUAAUAUUUCAGAACGUCUGAACACGUUAGUUCAAUAAUUGUUCGACGUUUAGAGCAAGUCGGGUUGGGUUGGGUACAAAGGAUACGGCAAACGCGCCGGUAAACCUUUUCAAAACGACCGUUAAACUUCAUCCGUUUCGUGUGCGAGAGUAUCACUCGGUAUAGCGUGAGGAGCGAAUAGACACGUCGUCGCUUUUGGAGUUUUCUAAAAACGAGAAUAUAUUACCGAUGGGAUCGCGUAAACGCGCGUUCGCCGUGUAUUGCAAUGCUAAUAUUUGUUAACGAUUUACGGUUUAUUGUUUCGAAACAUACGAAUAGAAAGGUUCGCGCUGCAGUGUAUCAUAUAACGGACGACGUUCAUAACCGUGCGAAAAAUGUAUCCAUUCCGUGAAAAUUUGUCCGUAUAUUGAGUAAAGAAAGAAAGAAAGUGUACCGUAAAAUGUACGAAAUCAAUAUUAACCGCGUUUCGCGAAGUGGAUGAAAAAAAAAAAAAAUAAUAAAAUAAAAAAUCGUUUGCUCAUAUCGCGUAAAAAAAAAAAAAAAUGACAUUCACGAUACGGAUAGGUAGGCAACUAUACCUAUAUAUAUAUCUAUACAUACUUUUCGUGAAGUAUAAUACGGACGUCCGGUACUUUACGAAAUGGAUGAUGCGACGUAUACCGCGAUUACAGUUAGGUACCUGUAUAUAUAUUUCAAAAAUCGAUCCGAACAAAAUAUAAAAUAAUUGACGAGUAGGUGUAAAAGAGAAAUAAUAUUAUUUACGUUUUGUGUACGCGUCGGGCCAUUUUUUUUUUUGUAAACAUCUACUGCGUGCUCACCCAACCCCCUUGAAAAAAGCUCCACGAUCAGAUAGACCGGCGUUUCUUAACCUUCGGGUCGCGAAUAACUUUGAUUGUACCUAUCAUCUGAAAAAUGGUGAAAAUAAUAAUAACAAUAAACUCGUAGUCGCGAAAUAAAAUUUGCCUCUAUAUCCAUAGAUACAGUUAUUACUUUACUAUUUUUUUUUUCUACCAUUUAUAGCUGAUUAUACAAAUAUUAUCAGGUUUAAACUUUAUCAAAGAGAAAUUGAUGAGUAAAAUAAAAACUUAAAAAAAUUUUUUAAAAUAUUACAUAUUAUUAAUUAGUUUGUGUACUUUACUAGUAUUUAAAUACGUUAUUCUUUCAACAAAUUAAUUUAAAUAACGUUCCCUUAAAUUAAAUUCCUUAUUUUAAAUCGGUAUAAUUAUUUUAACAAGUUUUAUGGCAAGUUAUAAAAUAUAAUAAUUAAUAACAAAUUUUAAAGUACUUUAUUUUUGAUCAAAUUUCUUUGAUAUACUUAUUCUACAUUCGCCAAACAAUUGAAAAAUACUACAACAAUAGAAAAUAGUUAAAAAAUAUUUUUUUUUUCUAAAUCACACUUAAAACUUAAUAAUUAAGUCAGCAAAUUUUAAUGAGUAUUUUUACUAAUUUUAAUCUUUUAUUGAGAUCAAAAAUCCUGUCUUUGGUAUUUUAUCUUAUAGUUAUAUACAAAAUCAAAGUUUUAAUUAUAUUUUAUACUAGAAAUUAACUCCAUAUACAAUUACUUUGGUUCAUUUCAAAUUUUAAAAAUGAAUUGUUUUAUCAUUUUUGUCAUGGUUAUUUUUUCGCUCAUAAGCAUCUUGAAAAACACCUUUAUACCAUCACUGAGUUUUAGUCAGAGGGUGAAUUUUUCCAAGGUUUUUUCAGCAAACAACAUAAUACAGAUGGAAGAGGGUUAAAUUUGCUAACAGUUUUCAUAUUUAUUUUUACAUAAAAACAAUCUUUAUAUGUUUCUGGUGAUAUCUGUGAUCUCACCAGAGUCUUAACCUGGCGUUAAUCGCGCUAUGGUCAAAAUGACCGCACUUUUUUUUUACAUAUUUAAUAAAGAUAUACAUUUUAUAAUUCAAUCAUUGAUACUCAGAAUACCUUUUAAUAACAUUAUUAAAAAUUAUACAAUAAUGUUCUAAACAAAUGUAAUUCCUAAUAUAUAGAGUAACCUGAAAUAAAAAUGUGAUAUACAUUGCAGUCAUUUCGACCAACAUGAGACUAUAUACUUGAAAAUUAUAAUGCGAUUGAAAAGACUGCGAUGCGACUAACAGUGGGUUAAGAAUGUUAUAGUAUGAGAUAAGUCUUUCUUCGACAUCUGUACUGAGGUUUUGCUGCUAAAAUUUGUGCACAAGUUAUUGUCAGAAAUUUCUAUUGAUCACCUUUUAUAAAUUUUUAUAAUAAAUUUAUAGAUAAUUUUUCAUUUGAAAAUUCUUUACUUACUGAUAACUACAUGAUACGACAACAAAAAAUCAAUUAAAGGAAAAUCAAGGCAUAUCUUAUGUUGACAACUUUUUAAUUCAAUUCUACAUCAGUAUAAUGGUUACUAAAACUUUUUAAAAGUCUUAAGUCCAUCCAUUGAGUUACAUAAAAGUUUUCAUUAAAAUAACUAAACAAGGAUUCUAUUAUCUCUGUGCGCAUAGCUUCAAAGUCUAUAGUCACUGAUAAAUAAAUGAUGAAUUGUUCGUUGACGUUGUGUUAUCCCAGGUAUAACUGUAUAAAAUAAAAUGCCAUUUAAUAAAAAAUAAGUUCAACCAUCAUUUUUGGCAGAUUUUGAAGUAUCUAAAACACAUGGUUUAAAAAUGUUCUUUCCAACCUUCUAGAAGUGCAGUGUUCUGUAAUGAUUCAAUUCUUGUUUUAAGUACUGAAAUCUGAUCUCUUAAUGGAUCUCUAAUGUUUGAAUUAAUUCAGAAGUAGGUAAUUUUUUAAGCUUACCAGUUUUUGCAUAUUCAAUAUGUUUUCUAGACUUCAAAUGAUUUUUCACGUUUGAAGUUCUAUACAAUGUUCCACCUUAUGAAAAAAUGACCAGAACAUGAUUUUUUGUUUAGUAUACAAUAGUACAAUAUUAGGAUUUCUGAACCAUACAUUACAUCUCACAAAUUUUCUGCCAUUAUGGGUUUCCUUUAGAAAUAAUAUUUUCAAAACACUUGUCUAGGUUCAAGCUGAUCCUAUCGGUUUCAUUAGUCACACUUGUGAUUUGAUCAUUUUUAGUAAAACCUGUAAUAGUAAUAAUACUAUCAAAUAUUUUUUAAAUUUUUAAUAUUAAUUUGUUGAAAAAUGAUAAAUAUUUAAAUGGUAUGAGUUUGAUUAUGAUUUGUAUUGAGAUAAAAACAUUGAGUAUUAUAAAAAUGGCAUGCAGUUCAAUGAAAUUGUUGAAGUACUUAAUUUUCUAUACCUAUAAAUAUUUUAAUUGGCCAUCUAUACUUUUAACUUUUAUUCUCACUACGAAUAUCUUUCUUAUACGAUUGUAUUAAUUAUAUUAUAAUAAAACUGGACUGAAAAGAUGUGUGUUGUUAAUAUAUGCAAUACUUGUUAACAGACUAACGGAGAUACUGUUCAUAAUAAUUUCACCAAACUAGUGUUUAAUUAAUAAUUAUUGUACUUGAUUUUUUUUCUAAACACCAUACAUUCACGGGAAGAAUAACAAUUUUGAACGACUUUAGUUGGUCUGCAUAAUUGACUAACCAAAUAAAACACACAAACACAAACACAUGCACACAUCUACCAGGUAUGUCACUAAAAUCAUUAAGAGUACCAAAAAACGCUAAACAAAUUUAAAUUGUAUUUUUCAUAUAAAAGUAACAAAAUAAACAUAACUUUAUUCCUUUACACCAAGUUCAAGUUCAAUUUAAAUGUAUAAUUGUGGUUCACCGGACACUAUUCGCCCUAACAUGUUGUAAUUUAAACUAUUAAACAACAAAUUUAACAUGGUUAACAAGUACCUAACAUAAUUAAUAACUUGAUUUUUGAUAGUUAAUGAUAUUUAAAAAUUACCACUGAUUGAUGAUAGCGACCGUUUUGAAGCAACAUUUUCAUUUUAUCGCGUCUAUUUUUGACAGCAAAUCCGAGUCUAUCAAAAUAUUAAGCAUUACGUUAAAAUACAACAAACACAUCUUUCAAAUCAAAAAGAAAUUAUCUACCUGGAUCUACAAGUAGCAAAUGUCGUACAAAUCGUACAAGUGAUUUAAAUUGUAGUCGUGAAUGCAGAUUAUUUGUAGAUUUUGUGCUGUUCGUAUUGUCAUCGGAAUCUUCGUUAAUACCGCGAGAUCUCGUUUUAAAAACCGAAAGCCAUUUUAAAACACUCGUUCUUAAACUGUUGUAGUUUUCGAUACAAAUAGACAUCGCGGUUGCAGAUCACACUGUCGCAGACUUAUGUAUAUUGUUACGUUGUAGACUGUCCGUUUGUCUGGUGUACAAUCGCGAUGAAUUAAAAUAAUUGAUAACAAUUUCGAAAAAAAAAAAAAAACAAUGAUAACGUUUAGUAAUAUCAGACCGUGGCUGUAACUGAUAACGAUAACUGAUAAUGAAAAAACGUUAGACCUUAUCGACGACACGCAUCGUUUGUCGGUGGUUUGUCACCCGCGCCUAUGUAGAAAAAAAAGAAAAAAAAAACAUUCGCGCGGUUCACAUAAAACUGGUGUUGUUGUCCACGUACAACGUGCACCGGCCGCCGUUGGUAGCCAUACUCGCGUCGCGGCGCAAAAGUCGGCCGCCGCGUAUUUCACGCACAACGCGGGGCACACGUUGCGAAACCCACCCGGUCGUAGGAUCGUUUUGCCGAUCAUUUUCCGGCGGUCGUCGCCGAACAAAAUCUCUCCCCCCACCCCUCCUUACGGGUGAGGGGUGACGGUACGCACUCGUGUCCGACGCGCCGUCCGUCCGGACGGACGGAAGACGGAGACGUAGACGGGAAAAGAACGACGGAUUCCCGCGACGCACGCACGUUUCCCGGACGUGAGCCCUCGCCCGGCGUCCGAUCCGAUAACAGCAACAACGACAAUUCGUUGAUCCGUACGCCGCACGCACCGCGCGCCGCACCGCCGCCCGCGUGCGACCGGCGGUGUUUUUUUGCUUUCGGGGGCCGUCUGCGCGACGAUCGCGAUCCCGUUUUGCCGAACGCGGGAAAAUCAAAGUAAAUACAAGCGUAUAAAUAAUACGCCGCGACGUUUUAUUCGCGUCGACUUGGAACCCGCGGCCCACAAUAACGACCCGACCGUCGUUCACGUCAUCUAAAUCGGUCCUCUCUUAAUAAUUAAUCGUUUUUAACGGACAUCAACGAUCGCGGUGUAAGCGCUGCUCGAAAUUGUUGUUUUUUAACCGCGCCGUUACCUCGGAAAUCCAUAAACACGCCACGGUAACGCCGUCACUGCGUUUCCCGGGCACCCGCUAUAAACGAUUGUUUUUCACGUUGAUAAAACGACAUCGGACGAAAAUUCAUUGGGCUUUUUAUGUUUGCGGUUUUUUUUCGCGUAGGCACUGUGCACGGGCAUAACUGUUUGGCCAAUACACGAACGAGUGGAAAUUUAAAAAAAAAAACAGGUUCGUUGUAAAUAUUUUACCUGGUGGUGAAAAAAAAUAAUAAAAAAAAUUUAGCGCGAUGUGGUAAUUUUUGUCCAUAACUGUUUUCAAGGUCAAAUUUCAAUGAAAAUCGUAAAUAUUACGGCUCAGAAUCGCAUCUCGUUAGCGGUGAUUUAUCCGUACCCGCCCACCGACAACAGUGGCGCACCCAUCAGGACAGUUUUACACCUUGGUUUUUCUUCUUGUAUUAACAAGGCGGUAAACCCAUUUAAAAAUAAUGAUGGUACAUUUCGAUAAAAAUCCAUGCAUAUCCACCGGUCCCGUUUCGAAUAAACAGUCGGGAUACGUUUAGAUUUCUAAAUGGCGCUCCCUGCGUACGGGAGUUCCCUUCCGGGGUACCUGGAAAACUACUCUCGUUUGAAGCCGGGUGGUGUCCACGCCGGACAUCUGGUGCUGCGCGACGUCACAAAAUUCGUUUCACGCGACACGAUUUUCGACCGGCGCGGAUCAAAGAACGGCCGAGCGCGUCGAGCCGGGUGGACGUGUCGUCCGUCCGGCGUACGUGACGAGCAAACACACUCUGUCAAAAAGGCGUUUGAAUUUCUUUUAUCGCCACACCGACAGAAGACGGAAAAAGUAGUACUGAUACAGGGCGGGCACAAAUGAUAAAACGCCGCUCGGACGCGCCUUUGUACGUCCGAUUGCCGGCGACGAGAGCGGGACAAACGUACGACUGCUCAUACGUUACCGGCAUACCACUCGUGAGGUUAGGCAUACGGCGGGUACAGGUGGAUUUCAAUUUUUUAAAAGAUUGUGUGGCAUCAGUAGUUUCGGGGCGCAUCAGAAUUCCAAUGGGAUCCUCUGGAGAAGUUCCCAUUGGCGCAACACGAUUAA